CUUUGAUCUAUCGACCCGGAAGUUUUGCUAAUUAGCCCUUCACUGAUGACGAGAAAGGCUUAAGUUUAAAAUGUCAGCUUUCUAGUAGCUUUUUCUAACGAAUUCGUUAAUCUGGCAACACUGUAGGAUUUCAGUAAUGGCGGCUCCUAUGAUUUUGUUUAUCUUUGUUAAGUUUUUUCAUUAGCUAAUUAUUGUUAGAAAGAUGGAUAAAUAUUUGAUUAAAUCCAGAUCGGAGACGUCCCAAUCUUACCAUUCUAACGAGAAAAAGACGAAGCAGGCAACAUUGGAAUCGUUAAAGGGAGUUGUGGUAAUUGAAGACAUUUUACGGCAUAAAGCAAUUUUAGAGUGGAAGAAUCAAGAAGUGGAAAAUAUGUUGAGGUCGUUGGAGGAAUUAUCAAAAAAGACUCCAUCUAAAGAAAUUCUCAUUUCUACAAAAAUUGGUCAUCUUGUUCACAAGCUUUGUAAGCAUACAAAUUCAGAAGUGUCUGAAAAAGCUAAACAUUUAUAUGAAGAUUGGAAAACCCAUAUUUUGAGUAAAAUGAACAAGCCAAGUAUAGAAGUACGUAGUGAUAUUCAAACAGAAAAAUUUCGUGAAGUGGCAAAAAGAUUACUUGCUGAAUCUCUAAAUAAAAAAGAAUCCAGCAAAUUAGUGAAUCUGUUGGAAAAACAAAUCUUUCACUUAUGCAAAAGAUUGAUAAAUAAGAAUUAUCGAAGAACAGUAAGAAAAGUUGUUUUUACAAUUAAAAACAGUCCCACUGUUAGUGAAAAACUAAAAUUAGGUAAAUUAUCUGUAGAAGAAUUAUUAAGAGAAUGCAAGAGAUGAUUUUAAUCAUAUUAAUACAUUAUUUGUAAAUAAAAAAUAAUAUGUAUAUACAUAUUAUACAAAUAG